GUACUUUUUUUGACAUCCACAUGGAUGCAUGCCGUAAGGAAAAUUUCACGCAAAAGGAGAUACGUGAAAACGUAAUGACGAUGUUAGUAACGGCCACUGACACAAUCGCUGUUGCGAUGAAUUUUGCCGUUUUCAUUUUAGCAAAUUUUCCAGAAAUACAAGAAAAAGCACAUAAAGAAUUGUUGGAAAUUUAUGGCACGGAAACUGUAAAAUCUGCACCAGUUAAAUAUGAUGAUUUGCAAUAUAUGCAUUAUUUGGAGCGAGUUAUCAAGGAAACGAUGAGAAUUUUCCCUCCUGGCCCAUUCAUCAUACGACAAGGAACAGAAGAUUUUAAAAUAG